AUGUGGGCAGUGAAGUUGGAGCCAGACGUGAACAGCUGCAACGCCAGGAUCAGCGCGUGCAAGAAUUGCGGGCACUGGCAACAGGCGCUGUCGUUGCUUGGUGACAUGAUCCACAGGAGGUUGCAGCCGGAUGCCAUCAGUUGCAGCGCUGGGAUCGGCGCGUGUGAGAGAGGUGGGCAGUGGCAACAGGCACUGUCGUUGCUCCGAGAGUCACGGGAGGCUCAGUGGGAGCCAGACGCCGUCAGCUACAACGCUGGGAUAAGCGCGUGCGCAAAAUUCGAGCAGUGGCAGCAGGCAGUGUCAUUACUUUUCGAAUUGUGGGAGGUGAAUCUGGAGCCAGACGUGAUCACUUACAGCGCUGGGAUCAACGCCUGUGCAAAAGGCAGACAGUGGCAGCAGGCGCUAUCUUUGCUCAGCGAGAUGGCGGAAAUGCGGCUGGAGCCCAACCUCACUACGCAGCUGGACUCGGCGCGUGCGAUAAGAGCGAGCGUGGCAUGCACUUGUUACUGCUGCUCAACGACUUGGGAGCUGAGCGGUAUCUUAGCAGCUGAGCGUUCAGUUACAACGCUGGGAUGA